UGUACCUCAUUCGUAUUAUGCACUUGACUGCUUUUGACAAAACUCAACCGUUAGAUCUUUUAGAUGGUCCUGAUGCUCCUCUCUGUAUACCCGAUCCCCAACUUUCUUUGAUGCCCCAAAUUGUCAAUUACUCGUACUACUUAUUUACUUUUUGUACCAUACAAUCUCUCGCGCUCUCAUAUAUCAUAUCGCAUCGCGUCUUUACACCCACACAAGCGACAAUAGAGGCCGAUCGGAAGCGCAAGAAGACUCCGAUCUCAUCUGGAGAUCGAACGGCUGACAAGAAGAAGAAGAAAAUGUCGUCCUCAUCAUCUCACGCUGACAAGAUUAGGGCUUAUCAUAUCCUAAUUAAGCACCAAGGCUCUCGCCGCAAGGAGUCGUGGAAGGAUCCUCAAGGCAAAGUUAUACGAAACACUACUAGAGACGCCGCCGUUUCGCAGCUCAAAUCCAUCCGCGACGACGUCGUUUCGGGAAAGGCCAAGUUUCAGGAUGUCGCCACUACUCUUUCUGAUUGUAGCUCUGCUAAGCGCGGCGGCGAUCUAGGUUACUUUGGAAAGGGUCAAAUGCAGAAGCCAUUUGAAGAGGCGGCUUAUGCACUGAAGGUUGGUGAGGUGAGUGACAUUGUGGAAACUGAUAGCGGCGCCCAUAUUAUACUCAGGACAGCUUGACAAGUGACCAGACACUCAUAUUAUACUCAGGGCAGCUAAACAAGUGACUGAGUCUCCCGAAGUGUAUGCUGAUUAAUCACUGAGAAUGUUCUAUUCUAUUUGUUUGGAAUUAUGUAACUUGUUUACAUAUUUGCAAGUGUUCUCUGACCUUAUUUAAUGAAUUUCUGCUUUUAUAUA